UUAAAUUAACCUAAACCGGAUAAGAAUAUAACACUCAACUAAACAUUGGAAAUAAGAAAUUUUUGUUUCUUUUAUUCUACACAUUCAACUUAUUUACAAGAAAACAUCCAUAAUUUUAUUUCGGAAAACAAAAGAGAACGGUCUAAACAACCCGUUUAUAAAUUUAAAAACUGAAAAACUAAAGAGGGCAAGAAGUUAAGGAUCUAUGUAGAAACAAAUCAAUCACAUCAACUAGAGUGGAGAAAACAGACCAUUUUACUAGGAAUGAGUAUCUCUACAAGAAAAUCUCUAUCCUAAAAAGUAAGAAUUUUCUAUUUAUACUGCCAUGAUACAUAUGGGAUCAGACUCAAUUGAUUGUGAUAUAAAGGGUUAAAAUGUCAAUUGAUGGUGGUUUAAAGGGUUAUAAUGUACUUCCUGAAAAAAAAAUGUUCAUUCAGUAAAUUGAGAGACCAAAAUUUGAAUUUCUUUUAGUUAAUGUGAUUCAAUCAUAGUUGGCCAUUAAACAAGAAUUGUUGGGUUCAAAUCCCAGACAACGCAAUUUCUACAGGAAGAGGUCUGGGUUUCAAUUCCCGGAGAAGGCGAAUUAUGCAGAAAAUUAGAGAAAAUACUUACAAGAGAUCUUCAGCAUGGCGCAAUGAGUACCGUCAGAAAUGGAUCUCAUAGGGCUACUCAGGGUGAUGCAGUCAGACGUGAAUUUUCAUAAAGCAGGUAGAAUUGUCGGCUGUAAUAUCGUUUAUGUAAUAUUUCUCAUAAUUUGUACGAGCAUAAUUAACCAGACAAAAAAAAAGAAAAAACAAGAAUUGUUGAACAUUUUUUGGUCCAAGUCAUAAACUUCAACAAAAAGAAAUAUAAAAACUUAGCCUUCGAAAACCUGCAAAAUAAUUCUGUAUAUAAGAAAAUUCUGGUAGCAUAAUAAACAAUAAACAACUAAACAUACACACACACAUGUAUUACGUAGAAAUUUCUUCACCUAAAUUUGUGCUCAAAAGAUUCUAAUUUAUUAACACACAUCCUAAAUAAUUAACACAAAUCCUAAUUUAUUUUAGUUUCUAGUUGAGACUUUAUACUCUACUCAAACGAUGCAUUUUCAAAAAAGCUAGUUGAACGCUGUUUAUAUUAAGAUUAUCACUGAUGCCAAAGUAAACUAGUUUAAAGUAAAAAUAUUCGAAUAAUACUCUAUUGUUUACUAUAUAAUAGAGUGAAAAUAAAUUUACUCCAAGGAAUAACUUGUUUUUUUGUUCAUCACUCUAUUUUAUACUUUAAAAUAUAGUAUCAUCGGAGUAAACUCAAACUCUAUUAUAGAGUUACUUUAUUUUAGAGUAAAAAAUAAAAUAAGCCAUUGAAGAUGAUUUUAGAUAAGCAAGCUAAACAAAAAGUUAUGAUCACUCGUUUUAUAGGAUCAGGAUAAUGGUUAUAAUUUUUGAAUCACUGAAUUUGUGAAAAUAGUGUGUAGAUAAAAUUACUAUUCAAUUAUUAAAUCAAUCUUAUGAGAAGGGUCACAUUUUAACUAUUUUCUAGUUCCGAGCAUCAUUUUUAUUGGAUGAAUUCAUGUAGAUAAUAAAUCAUUUAUCAUUGGUCUACCAUCUUUGCCCAAAAAAAAAAUCAUUGGUCUACCAUAAGUUAGUUAAAAGGAGUUAUGUAAAUGCCACGAAGUUUGUGAAUAUAAAAGUACCAUAAAUGUGUUUUUAAUUCAACUACCUUCCAAAGAUAGUUUUACAAAGUGAUAAUUACUGCUUACUCACAUUUCAUUGCACACGGUGCAUGUAUGUAUAUCAAUUCACAUCACAUCAUUUGAAUUCAUGGUCUCUCGCAGCCUUCUGUUCUUUUCUCACUCUAUAUAAACACCACCCAUCGACCAACCUUCUUCUCUGACUACUAGCUAAAAUGGUUUCUCAAAUCACUUAAUUAAACUCGUUUUCGUAGUUUCCUUCUUCUACACCACCAUCAUCUUUGUCUUUAAUUACAAUCGAAAUAUGGUGUCUGAACAAUUGAACCUUAUUCGAAAUAUUGUGGCAAUAAUAGGGAAUGGCAUCGCUCUAUGUUUGUUCUUAUCACCAACGCCAACGUUCAUACAGAUUGUGAAAAAGAAGUCAACAGAGGAAUAUUCACCAGUACCGUAUUUAGCGACUCUCAUAAACUGCCUCGUUUGGGUUCUGUAUGGGCUCCCUAUGGUACAUCCGCACAACACACCGGUCCUUACAAUCAACGGCACAGGGAUCAUAAUCGAAGUUGUGUUCAUUACCAUUUUUUUCGUUUACUGCGGCCGUCAAAAACAGCGUUUGGUAAUAGCCGCUGUUUUAGCGGGUGAAACCGUUUUCGUGGCUGUUCUCACAGUGUUGGUCUUCACUCUACAACACACUACCAAAGAACGUUCGUUGAGCGUUGGAAUCAUUUGUUGCGUUUUCAACGUGAUGAUGUAUGCUUCUCCAUUAUCUGUCAUGAAAAUGGUAAUAAAAACAAAAAGCGUGGAGUUCAUGCCGUUUUGGCUGUCGCUAGCUGCGCUUCUAAACGCAGGCGUUUGGACAGUCUAUGCACUCAUACAAUUCGAUCCAUUCAUCGCUAUACCAAAUGGAAUUGGAUGUGUAUUUGGACUGGCCCAAUUAAUAUUGUACGCUGCUUACGAUAAAUAAUGGCGGAAAGAAAUAUCCAGUGCGUUCGUUCGUAUUGACUAUUGAGAAACCCACAAAUUUCAAUCAACGGCUUAACGGCGUUUGAUUUGAUCUUCUCACACUAUUAUUUACCGUCCGAUUAUCAGCCUUUUCAUUUAAGUGAAAACUUCGUCACACUUUUUGCAAUCUUCGUUCAUGAAUUCCAGUGUCUGUUAUUUUAGGAGCAAUGUACUCUUUUCAAAGUACUGGGUGUUAUGUUAUAACUUAUAAGAUUAUGUGGGCUCAAAUAAAAACUAAUCUAUCACCUUGACACCUUCAUCAUUCAUAAUAUGCUGCCUAGGGUUUUAGGGACUUGAGGUGAACUUUAAAAAAAAAUUCUGCUUAGAAAUAAGUUUGUAGUUAUAAAUUACAAAGAAUUAAAACAAAAAAUAAUCUUAAGAAUGUGUCAUAUAAAAUGUAUGGAUUAAAGCCUUCGGUUCAAACCUAAGUGAUUCACCACCUUCCAUCUCCAAGUUUUAUAACUAGUCUACUUCAUAAAAAAAUAACUCAUCCCACCAAAUUCGCAGUGUGCUAUGUGUUUAUGGCAUGAAAGUUGUCGUGGAAAAAAAUCUGUAAGUUUCCUCGUUUUAUUACUCAAUUUCUCAAGACAAUUAGUUAACUGAUUAUGAAGCUAAAUAUAAAAU